GCAUCCAAACCUCUCUCCACCAUGGAGAGAUUCAUCAACUCACUCACUUCUAUCCCCGUCGUCGCCUCCGCUUUCCUUCUCAUCGUUUCCAUCCUCCUCCUAUGUCGAUCAACCCGCUCCGGCCGCCACAACGGGCCGCCAGCUGUCGGCGGAGCCUGGCCGAUAAUAGGCCACCUCCACCUCUUCAGCGGGCCGGGCCCCAUCCACAGGGUGCUCGGCAACCUGGCCGACCAAUACGGGCCCAUCUUCACCAUCCGGAUGGGCCGGGCCCACCAGAAGGCCAUCGUCGUCAGCAAGUGGGAGAUUGCCAAGGAGUGUUUAACCACAAACGACAAGGCGUUCAUCGCCCGGCGUCCCCACACCAUCGCCACGGAGACGCUGGGAUACAACUACUCCAUCUUCGGGUUCUGCCCCUACGGCCACUACUGGCGCCAGAUGAGGAAGUUGGCCACUCUGGAGCUCCUCUCCUCAGCCCGGCUCGAGCUGCUAAGGCCGGUCCGAGCCGAGGAGACGCGCGUCGCCGUGAGAGAGCUCUACCAGCUGUGGAGCCGAGGUGGCCAGUCACAGAGCCAAAAAUUGAAAUUAGAGGGUGAACAAAACGGCGCCGUCGCGGUGGAGAUGAUAUCGUGGUUCGGCGACGUGACGCUGAACGUGAUACUGAGGAUCGUGUUCGGGAAGCGGGUCGGGUAUUACGGCUCGAGGGAUGAACGGAGCGGGGAGGUGAAGCAGCUGGCGAGGGAUUUUUUCGAUUCGCUGGAGAAGUUCGGGCUCGGGGAUGUGGUUCCGUGGCUGAGGCGGCUGGACGUCGGCGGGCACGAGAAGGGGCUGAAGAAGACGGCGAAGGCUCUGGACGACGUCGUGCAGGAGUGGUUGGUGGAGCACAAGGAGAAGAGAGAUGGGAGGGUGGGGAAGGUGGAGGAUGAUUUCAUGGAUUUGUUACUCAAUAUUCUCGAUGAGUAUGAUGAUGAAGAGAGGAAGACGUUGUUUGAAGGUCGGGAUUGCGAUACGGUCAACAAGGCUACUUGCAUGUCGCUUACGCUGGCAGCUUCGGACUCAACAAAAGUGACCAUGUCUUGGGCCCUCUCCCUCCUCCUAAACCACCCGGAAGCCCUAAAGAAAGCCCAACUCGAAUUGGACCACGUGGUGGGCCAGGACAGACAGGUCCAGGAAUCGGACCUCCACAACUUGCCGUACCUCACGGCCAUCGUCAAAGAGACCCUCCGCCUGUACCCGCCCGGCCCGCUCACCAUGCGCGGCGAGUCCGGCGAGGACUGCACCGUCGCCGGCCACCACAUCCCGAAGGGCACGCAGCUCCUCAUCAACCUCUACAAGAUCCAGCGUGACCCGCGGGUGUGGGUCGAACCGGACGAGUUUCGGCCCGACCGGUUCCUGACGACCCACAAGGACGUUGACGUGAAGGGACAGGAUUUUGAGCUGAUUCCGUUUAGUAGUGGACGGCGGAUGUGUCCCGGCGUGUUGUUUGCUCUUCAAGUUAUGCAGCUGACGUUGGCCAUGUUGUUGCAAGGGUUCGAUUUUCGGACGGCGGGGGACGGCGGGCGGGUUGAUAUGGAGGAAGGCGGCGGGUUUAUUUGUGAGAGAGCUCGGCCGCUGGAGGUUUUGUUGUCUCCGAGACUACCGGAGCAUUUGUAUGGAUGAUGUGACUUAAAAGGAAAUGGUGUAGGUCGAUCGUAGUUGUAUUCUCAGCCUUUUGCUUUUACCAUGCAAAAUAACUUUGGAUCAAUUGU